GUUCCUGUUCUCUUUCUUAAGUCCCUCCAAAAAAAGGCUCAUCUGUGGAACGGCCCGCGCAUUGUCAGGAGGGAGCAGGAGGGAGAACGGCCGCACGGAGCCACGGCGGCACAGCAAAACAACUCUUGGCCAGGGCCGUGAUGGAAACCAUCCAUUUGUCACCAUCGCCAAGUCCUCGAUUCAGAGAAGAUCAGCACAGGUUCUAUAUGACCCCACCUUCCAUCCUUAUAAAUGCCCCGAAAUGUUCUCCAUCCACUGGAGAGAGGGCUAGCACUCUGCAGGGUCCACGUGACUUCCCCCCCAUGUUGAGCCCCAGUCGUACCCACAAAGGAGCCUCCCCAAAAGGCAAACGGACUUCCUUCAAAAUGUGGAGUGAGGGUGGUGAAGAGGAAGAAAGCAGCAGCGCCAAAGCGGUCCCCCUCUCCUAUCUCUCUUCAUCUCAUCCCAUCCUUCCCUCACCCACACGGCCCGGUAUGAUCGAGCUAAGCAGGCUGCAGCUUCAUCGGCGGACCGCCGCCAUCGAUGCCCCAGUUCAGGUGAAACGGGAGCCUCUCAGUCCCCCUCCGAUGUGGCCCCGACCUCCGUUCCUCAUCCACCCGUCAUACUUCCCACCUCUCCACCACAGCCUCAUCCCGUAUCCCUUUUUCAUGCCCGGCCCCGUCAUGCCCUUCCCGCCCAGGGAGGACGUCAGGCCGGCGCACCGCGAUCGCGACGUCCCCCCUCGAGGCGGGCUGAGCGGGAAGCCCACGUUCAACGUUCACGUUGACGACAGCUACUACGUGGACGUGGGCGGCGAGCAGAAGCGGUGGAAGUGCCGAAUGUGCGACAAGUCCUACACUUCCAAGUACAACCUGGUCACGCACAUCCUGGGCCACAAGGGCAUCAAGCCCCAUGGCUGUCAUCUGUGUGGGAAGUUAUUCAAGCAGUUGAGCCAUCUGCACACUCACCUGCUCACCCAUCAGGGCAUGAGGCCGCACAAGUGCCAGGUCUGCCACAAGGCCUUCACCCAGACUAGCCACUUGAAGAGGCACAUGAUGCAGCACAGCGACGUCAAGCCUUACAGCUGCAACGUGUGUGGCCGAGGCUUCGCCUACCCGAGUGAGCUUCGCGCUCACGAGUUGAAGCACGAGAAAGGCCAGGACAACGUAUGCGUCGAAUGCGGUCUGGACUUCCCCACACUGGCCCAGCUCAAGAGACACUUGACUGCCCACCGCGGCCCCACUUCAUACAGGUGCUCUGACUGCCAGAAGACAUUCCAGUACCCGAGUCAGCUGCAGAAUCACAUGAUGAAGCACAAAGACAUCCGUCCGUAUAUCUGCAGCGAGUGCGGGAUGGAGUUCAUCCAGUCGCACCACCUCAAGCAGCACACGCUUACCCACAAAGGCGUGAAGGAGCACAAGUGUGGCAUCUGUGGCCGCGAGUUCACGCUGCUGGCCAACAUGAAGCGCCACGUGCUCAUCCACACCAACGUGAGGGCCUAUCAAUGCCCAAAGUGCUUCAAGAGCUUCGUGCAGAAGCAGACACUCAAGGCCCACAUGAUCGUCCACUCCGAUAUCAAGCCUUACAAGUGCAAGCUCUGCGGCAAGGAGUUCAACAGGAUGCACAACCUCAUGGGCCACAUGCACCUCCACUCGGACAGCAAACCCUUUAAGUGUCUCUACUGUCCCAGCAAGUUCACGCUGAAGGGAAAUCUCACUAGACAUAUGAAGGUGAAGCAUGGUGUCAUGGACAGAGGACUGGAUGAAAGAUUGUUCCGACAGCGGGGGCACUUCUGCCUUACCUCUCCCAUGAACCUCCUGGGCCGUUUCAACCAAAAAGAGCCCUUUGACCUUUCUCAGAAGCCCCCUGGCCUGCCAGGUCUUCCGCAGUCUGAUGGCGAAAGCGUGCCCGGUAGCUCUUGCCAGGAGGAGGAUGAGGAGAGUUUGUACAGACACAGUCAGUACAGCCCUGACGAGGAUUUAAAUGAGCCCUCGGCCAGUGUGGAGGUGAGAGGGCGGGGGUCUCCGGCUGGACAGAGACGCUUUCAUGCAACCUGGAAACGGAUUGAGUCGUGCUCUCGGGCGGCCGAGAGAAGUCACAGAGAAUCGAGUGACCAUGCUGAUGAGUCGGAGCAGGAAGAGGAGCUUGACAAUGUGACCAGAGUACAGACCGAUAUUGUUAGGGAAUCGACAGGGCCGUCAGAAAGGAAAGGAAAAGCGAAGGAGGACGAUGAAGAGUGAGAAGUGGAUGCAGAUGUUGCAGCUUGAAAUGCAAUGCAACCUUUUCAGGUUCACUUCAUUUGACCUCUUAACAUUUCAGUUUAACUGUUUAAUGUUUGCAAGUGAGACAAAGAAACUGGAAGAGUCACAGAAAGGCGUAGAAGUAGACAUUACUGCGGCUCAAAAACAUGUUCUCCAUUUUUCUUUUCAGCUGAUUGGUAGACAAAAAUAUUGAAACAGUACUUGAGAAUGAAUUCACCUGUAAAGUUUAGUACGGUUGAUAAUGAAAUUAUAC